CAAGAGGGUGGUUUUGACAGUUCAGGUUGAAAACGCACCCGCCCUACACUUAGGUACUUCAGUCAACACAGCUUCACAGGGUGCAGAACCAAACUUUUUCACACUACCGGACCUCGUCUCACUGCAUGUUAGCUCACCAUGGAUUACAUUCACCUCGCAAACAACAGCACUAAGCCUGGUGGGAGGCUAUCAAAGGACAAGCAAGAGAUUGGCUCCCCUGACAUUACCCAUGAUGCACCACUGCCCAGGGAAAAGGCCGACAUCCCCUCAGAUUUCAGUGGCAUUUACGGCAAAGACCUCCUCCCUUCUAGUGGUGGAGAGGAAGCCACCCGAGGAUUCUUCCAGGAGCUGGUGAACCUCCUGCUGGGCUACGUGUGUCAAUUGCAGCAGCGGAACUCCAAGAUCUUGGACUUCCACCAACCCCACCAGCUGAAAGAGGGCCUGGAGGGCUUCAGUCUAGAGCUGCCUGACCAGCCUGACAACCUGGAACAGCUGCUAGUUGACUGUAGGGACACGCUGAAGUAUGGAGUCAAAACUGGUCAUCCUCGAUUUUUCAACCAGUUAUCCACUGGACUGGAUGUGAUUGGUCUAGCCGGCGAAUGGCUGACGUCAACAGCUAAUACAAACAUGUUUACAUAUGAGGUGUCCCCAGUAUUCGUCCUCAUGGAGCAAGUCGUGCUGAAGAAAAUGCAAAAGAUUGUGGGCUGGUCAGAGGAGGAAGGAGAUGGAAUCUUCUGUCCAGGUGGCAGCAUAUCCAACCUCUAUGGUAUUCUUCUGGCUAGGUACUACUUCUACCCUGAAGUGAAGACAAAGGGGAUGGCUGCCCUGCCAAGACUUGCCCUGUUCACCUCUGAACAUGGUCACUACUCAUUUAAGAAGUCUGCUGCCGUUCUUGGAAUUGGGAGUGAGAAUGUUGUUCUAGUGAAAUGUGAUGACAGAGGCAAGAUGAUUCCCUCAGAACUGGAGUCCCGUAUCAUCGCUGUCAAAGCCAAGGGCUGCGUGCCGUUCUUCGUCAACGCCACCGCGGGCACCACAGUCUACGGAGCCUUUGACCCGAUCCAUGCCCUGGCAGACAUCUGCCAGCGCCACAAGCUGUGGCUGCAUGUGGAUGCUGCUUGGGGAGGAGGGCUACUGAUGUCCAGAAUACACAGAGCUAAACUGCAGGGCAUUGAACGAGCCUGGUCUGUCACCUGGAAUCCCCACAAGAUGAUGGGGGUUCCUCUCCAGUGUUCCUCCUUCUUGGUGAAGAAAAAGGGUCUGCUGCAAGAGUGUAACCAGAUGCAUGCAGAGUAUCUGUUCCAGUCAGACAAGAACUAUGACCUGUCCUAUGACACAGGAGACAAGACCAUCCAGUGUGGUCGCCACGUCGACAUCUUCAAGCUCUGGCUCAUGUGGAAAGCCAAGGGCUCUGAAGGUUUUGGCUCCCAGAUCAACAAGUGCAUGGGGAAUGCAGAGUACUUGUUUGAAAAGCUACAACGCAGGACUGACUUUGAAUUAGUCCUGAGAAGCAAACCUGAGCACAGUAACGUGUGUUUCUGGUACCUGCCCCCGAGCCUGAGGACUCUCCCCCCUGGUCCAGAGAGGAACAGGAGGCUGCAUGAGGUGGCACCAAAAAUCAAAGCCAAGAUGAUGGAGCAUGGCAUGACCAUGAUCGGCUACCAACCGCUGGGUUCGAAGGUCAAUUUCUUCAGAUGUGUGUUCUCAAACCCGGCCACAAAGCCUGAGGAUGUGGACUUCCUGUUAGAUGAGAUAGUGCAGCUUGGACAGGACCUGUGAGGCCAAACAGGUUAGGGUCCGCAGGCCUUGUCGUCUUCCCGUUGCAGGGAUCCCAGAGAGACAGCUUGUUAUUCUCCAGAGGCCUACGUGAUGUGAUGGUCUCGUAACUGAUUUGACUAAUUCUACAGAAUUGCAUGUUUACUUAGAAGUAUCAUGACUUAAUUUCAUGCCAACGCCAUCUCAGCAGAAUUAUAAGCAGCAGAAAGGCUUUCAACAAUAUCCCCUUUUAAAUGAAAUGAUUAUUAGAAGUAGAAAUAAUGAACUGUCUAUUAAUUUAAACAAGUUUUUUUUUUAUACAUUUGAUGGAAUACUUUUAUAUAUAGCAUGCUUUAUUGUACAUUUACUGAAUAAUAUAAUUAAUAAAUGAUGUUAAUCCAAAGCGUGCUUU